UUUGAUAGGUGGCCCAGGCAAAUAGUGUCGUCCAUUGGCCUGUGUCGUUAUGGUGGGAGGAUUGACUGCUGCUGGGGCUGGGCCCGCCAGUCCUGGGGACACUGUCAGCCUUUCUACGUCUUAAGGCAGAGAAUAGCCAGGAUAAGGUGCCAGCUCAAAGCUGUGUGCCAACCACAGUGCAAACACGGUGAAUGUAUUGGACCAAACAAGUGCAAGUGUCAUCCUGGAUAUGCCGGCAAAACCUGCAAUCAAGAUCUGAAUGAGUGUGGCCUGAAGCCGCGACCCUGCAAGCACAGGUGUAUGAACACUUACGGCAGCUACAAGUGCUACUGCCUCAACGGGUACAUGCUGAUGCCGGAUGGGUCCUGCUCAAGUGGCCUGACGUGCUCCAUGGCAAACUGUCAGUAUGGCUGUGAUGUUGUCAAAGGACAGAUACGGUGCCAGUGCCCCUCUCCUGGCCUCCAGCUGGCCCCGGAUGGGAGGACCUGUGUGGAUGUUGAUGAAUGUGCUACUGGAAGAGUUUCCUGCCCUAGAUUUAGGCAGUGUGUCAACACUUUUGGGAGUUAUAUCUGCAAGUGCCAUAAAGGCUUCGACCUCAUGUACAUUGGAGGCAAAUACCAAUGUCACGAUAUAGACGAGUGCUCCCUGGGUCAGUAUCAGUGCAGCAGCUUUGCUCACUGUUACAACGUACAUGGGUCCUACAAGUGCAAAUGUAAAGAUGGAUACCACGGCGACGGACUGAGCUGCGUGUAUAUUCCGAAAGUCAUGAUUGAAGUUCACAGCAGAACAUCUUAUGUCCAAGUGUUUAAUCCAUGCCAAGUUCCACGGCAUCCUUCAAAUGACUUGUUUGAAAUAUUUGAAAUUGAAAGAGGAGUCAGUGCAGAUGAUGAAGCAAAGGAUGAUCCAGGUGUGCUGAUUCAUAGCUGCAGUUUUGACCAUGGGCUUUGUGGAUGGAUCAGGGAGAAAGACAGUGACUUGCACUGGGAACCAGUGAGGGACCCAGCAGGUGGACAGUACCUGGCCGUCUCCGCAGCCAAGGGCCCCGGGGGGAAAGCCGCUCGCCUGGUGCUGCCCCUGGGCCACCUCAUGCAGUCAGGGGACCUGUGCCUGUCGUUCAGGCACAGGGUCACUGGGCUGUACUCCGGAGCGCUCCAGGUGUUUGUGAGAAAACAGGGGGCCCACGGAGCAGCCCUGUGGGGAAGAAAUGGUGGCCAUGGCUGGAGGCAAACACAGAUCAGCCUGCGAGGGGCUGGCAUCAAGAGCGUCAUCUUCAAAGGUGAAAAGAGGCGUGGCCACACUGGGGAGAUUGGAUUGGAUGACGUGAGCUUGAAAAGAGGGCACUGCUAUGAAGAACGCGUGCAGCUCCGCAACUAGCAGUGAACUCCUGUGUUGCUCCCUCUUCUUUUUCUGAUCUUCACCUCCUGUCUUCUCCUCCCUUCUGUCAGGCCUCGGAGAAGAGUGGGUCAGUGGGUCAGAGAAAGCCUGGUUGUUGACCCACAUCUUGGCCUGUUUUUGUGCAAUCCCAAUGGACAGUGACACUCCCUUUGACAUAGAAGGGACAUUGGUUAGACACAUGCAAGCUGUCUGUGGGUGCUACCUACAUCCCGUAGGAACUGGCUUCAGCAUGUGAGACCUAUGCCACCCUUCAUCCUGGUGACAAGGUGUUCCUUGUAGCAAAGUAUGGGAGACAUUUUCAAAGGAAGUUCGUGCAGAUGGCCAUUCUGUUAUCUGCCCAGUGUCGUGCCACGAGUAGUAUUGACUUCCCCUAAGAUACGCUGUACAAUGUGCUUGUGAACUUUGUUUCUCGUCUUCACUGUUAGCUCUGGACUGGCCUGACCUCUUUUACUGCCAUUCACUUUAUGAAAGAAGGGUGUGUAACAUACCCAAAUGCGUUUAUUCUUGUUAUCUGUAUUUUUCUUUU